CCCCCCCCCUUCCCACCCCAUCUCAUCCUAUCGUCGGAAGGUUCUUGUUAUCUCCAUCUCCUACUGAUCUAUUAUCUCAUCCGUCGAUUCGUCAUCUGAUCCCUAGCGCAUCAUGGCCGAGGAGUCUCCUGCUGCCUCUGCGCCCGCUCCCGAAGGUGCUGAGCCCGUCGAGCGCGCGCCUGCCGAGACCCAAUCCACUCCUGUGGACUCGGCGCCAGAGCAGUCCAAGGAAAAGGAAGAGAAGGAACCCAAUGGUUCGGAUGAGAAGUCUUCAGAGUCUGCGUCUGCUUCUGAGGAGAAAAAGGAGACAACUGAAGCUGAAAAGCCCACCACCCCCUCUGAGCCUGUCGACGCGAAGGAACCCGCCGAUGGCGCCGCCGCCCCUGCAGAGCCCGAAGCCAAAGCCGCCCCAGCAUCGGAGGCCAACGGAACACCCGCCUCGGCCAAGAAAUCAUCAGCCUCACGGCGCAAAUCUACCGGAGGUUCAUUGAGCAGAAAGAAGUCGCAAGUUCGCGUCCUGCACCUCGACGCGAAACCUGGUGAUUAUUUCCUCGCGCGUCUGAGAAGCUACCCACCGUGGCCUUCCAUUAUCUGCGAUGAAGAGAUGCUUCCCCAGACUCUGCUGGAAACGCGUCCCGUGACCGCUCAGCGUCAAGAUGGAACCAUCAGAGAGGACUACGCUGAAGGCGGCAAGCGCGCGCACGAGCGAACUUUCCCGGUCAUGUUCUUUGAGACAAAUGAAUUCGCCUGGGUCCCCAACACAGACCUGACCCCUCUCGAGCCUGCCACCUGCAAGGAAGUAUCAGAGAAGGGCAAGAGCAAAUUGUUGCUGUCUGCUUAUGCCGUCGGUGCUGAAGGUCACGAUCUCCAGCAUUUCAAGGAGCUUCUGGCCGACCACCAGCGUGCGCUUGAGCAAGAACAUGAGGAGAUGGAAGCUCAGGCAGCUGCGAAGGCCGCUGCUAAAGCUGCCCGAGAAGCAAAGAAGAACAAGCGCAAGAGCAUGGACGUCGUUGACGACGAAGAUGUCGAGAUGGAGGACGCUGAUGAGGAGGAACACAAGCCGAAGAGCUCCAAGAAGCGGAAGAAGGAUGCUGAAGCUGAUACUACAGCGGAUGAGAAGCCCGCAAAGACGCCCAAGACUACCACUAAAUUGAAGUUGACGACACCCAAAACCCCGACCAAUGAGACUGGAAAGAAAGCUCCUGCUUCUAGCAAGGCCAAGCAAACCGCCAGCACUAAGAAGGCUGGCAAGGCUGCUGCAAGUGACGAAGGCGAAGAUUCUCGUCCGGCUUCCAAAGAACCUGAGAAGAAGGUCAAUCAGGAGGAACUCAAGGAGAAGAAGGAGAAAGAGAUUCUCUUCAUCCGCCACAAGCUUCAGAAGGGUUUCAUCUCCCGUGAACUCCCACCCGCAGAGGAAGAGAUGACUGCUAUGUCGGGUUACUUCAGCAAGCUGGAGAAGCACACUGAUCUGGAAGUGUCAAUCAUUCGUGCGACCAAGAUCAACAAGGUGUUGAAGAUGAUCGUGAAGCUCAGCUCUAUUCCUCGGGACGAGGAAUUCCAGUUCCGGCAGCGCGCCAUCAACAUCUUGUCGAAGUGGAAGAAUGUUCUUGAUGCUGACACCACCGGUCCUUCCGAGCAAAAGGAGAAAGAGGACAAGCCCAGAGCGAAUGGCGUUCACAAGGAGAGCAGCGUGGAGACGCCCGUCAAGGCCGAUACUGAAAACGAGAAAGAAGAUGAAUCUAAGGAGAGCAAGACGAAUACCGCGGAGCCCCAGGACGAGCCGAUGACUGAUGCCGAUGUAAGGGAGAAAUCGGAUGCCCCCGAGCCGGUGAAGGAGGAUGUUGAGAAUCCCUUGAAGGCUGAAGAGACAUCGGCAGAGAAGGAAGAGGAGAAGACAGCCGAAGAAAAGCCGGCUGCAGAGGCCGUGAAGACAGAGGAGAAGUCUGCGGAGGCAGCUGUUUAAAGAACAAAAACCAUCUUUGUUUAUGGGUGCCUCUUAUUUGCUUUCCCGCUGAUUUUCGCAAGGCUUUUCUG